CCACCGAAACGCCCGGGCAAAGCCAAAAAAUUCCGGUGCCGCGACUGCGGCAAAGCUUUGGCGUCGCCCAAACGGCGCCGAGGCGGCUCCGAGCGACCCCACAAAUGCCACGAGUGCGGCAAGAGUUGGCGGUCGAGCGUCGAUCCGGCGCCUCGCCGGCGCGGCGGCGCCGAUCCCUACGAAUGUCCCGACUGCGGGAAAGCCUCGUCGCCGGCGCGGCAGCGACGGAGCCGGGGCGGCGUCGCGGCGCCGUGCCGGUGCGGGGUCUGCGGGAAGAAUUUCCCGGCGUCUUCGGCGUUGGCGAAACACCAAAAGCUUCACGCCGAGGAGAAACCGUACAAAUGCGGCGAUUGCGGCAAAGGCUUCAACUGGAAUUCCCACCUGGAGCGGCACCGGAGGAUUCACACCGGCGAGAAACCCUACGAGUGCGCCGAGUGCGGCAAGAGCUUCUCUUGGAGCUCCCAUUUGGAUCGGCAUCGCCGAACCCACGCCGCGGCGGCGACGGCGGCGGCGAUGCCGGAACGCGGCGGGCGUUGCGCCGAGUGCGGCGAGGAGGAGCCGAAAAACGCCCAAACGGCCCCGAACCGGCGCGAGCCGGCGGAGAAACCGCACAAAUGCGGCGAAUGCGGGAAGAGUUUCGGCGCCGCGGCGGCGUUGGCGCAGCACCGGCGAGGCCACGCUCCCGGCAAACCUUACGAGUGCCGGGAAUGCGGGAAAAGUUUUUCUUGGAGUUCCCACUUGGAUCGGCACCGCAGGAUCCACGUCGGGGACAAACCUUUCCGCUGCGGCAGCUGCGGCAAAAGUUUCUCCCAAAGCUCCCAUUUGGAGCGGCACCGGAAAAUCCAUCGGGAGCCGUGCCGGGAAUGCGGCAAAACCGGGAAAGGGAGCGGGAGAAACUUCCAGAAACGCCGGCGGGUUUUGGGGGAGGAGAAAUGUGGGGAGUGCGGGAAGAAUGAGGGGGAGGAUUUGGGGUUCGGGGCGGGUUUGGGGUCGGGGUUGGGUUUGGGUUCGGGUUUGGGUUCGGGUUUGGGGUCGGGUUUGGGGUCGGGUUCGGAUUUGGGUUCGGAUUUAAAGGACGGAGCGACUCAAACGUGCCGGAAGCCUCACGCCUGCCCCGAGUGCGGCAAAACCUUCGGGCAGAACUCGGCGCUGGCCAAGCACCGGCGCACGCACACGGGCGAGAAACCCCACGCGUGCCACGAGUGCGGCAAAACCUUCGGCGUCCGCUCCAACCUGGUCAAACACCAACGGACUCACCUGGGCGACAAACCCUACAAAUGCCCCGAGUGCUCCAAAGGUUUCAUCCAAAAAUCCGACCUCACCAAGCACCGCCGCAUGCACACCGGCGAGAAACCCUACAAGUGCCGCGAGUGCGGCAAACGCUUCAGCGUCUCCUCCAACCUCAUCAAGCACCAGCGCAUCCACCGCGGCGACAAACCCUUCCAGUGCGCCGAGUGCGGCAAGAGCUUCAUCCAGAAAUCCGAGCUCACCAUCCACCGGCGCGUGCACACCGGCGAGAAGCCCUACGAGUGCCGCGACUGCGGCAAACGCUUCAGCCGCAGCUCCCACCUCAACCGGCACCGGCGCACCCACGCCGCCGCCGGCAGAACCGACGAGGCCGGCGCCGCUUCCGGCGCCGUCGGUUCCGGCGUCGUCGCCGUCGUCGGUUCCGGCGUCGUCGCCGCGUCCUCGUCGCCGUCGGUUCCGGCGCCGGCGGCUUUGGCGUUCCCGGCGUUCCCGGGUUCCUCGGCGGUGCCGGCGCCGUUGGAGCUGCCGUGGGCGUUGGCGUUGCCGGGUCGGGCGUUGCCGGGUUUUCCGGCGGGGUCGGUGGGUAAUUAG